UUUGUUUGUGUGUUUCCCAGUUUCCCAACCGUGUUCAGUUCUGUCUCCUCGUCCGUGAGUUUUGGCUAGACUACUGCAAUGCCCUGUUUUCCGACCUCCCUGCAUGUUCACUUAGAAGCCUGCAGCUCGUCCAAAAUGCAGCAGCCACGGUAUUGACAAGGACCAGGAGAUAUGACCAUAUAACUCCUGUCUUAACUUCACUCCACUGGCUACCCAUACAGGUUUAUUGAAAUCAUCACCAACAUGAAGAUGCGGACUGUGGCUGCCCUUCUUUGUGCCAUGAUGGCUCUGACCAGAGCUGCUGUAAAGAGUCACCUGGUCAAGAGGGCGACAUCUUGUCCCAGCGGUUGGUCUGAGGUCAACGGUCGCUGUUUCCAGUAUUUUCCAACAGCCAUGACUUGGGCUAAAGCUGAGAAAAACUGUCAGUCCCUGGGUGGGAACCUUGCAUCAGUGCAUAACCUAUUCGAGUACCGUGAGAUUCAGAGGAUGAUGGCCACCACUUUAAGUAUAAAGUCUAAAGAAGCAUGGCUUGGAGGCACUGAUGCCCAAGAGGACGGUGUAUGGCUGUGGAGUGAUAGUUCACUCUUCUCCUACCAGAACUGGUGUCCUGGAGAGCCCAGCAACUGGCGUGGCAGUCAGCACUGUCUGCAAAUGAACUUCGGAGAAGGAAAAUGCUGGGAUGAUGUUGGGUGUUCUGUCCUUCUCCCAUUUGUCUGCAGCAAGAAAAUCUGAUGAUUCCUGGGCUGACACAGAGGCAUCAAGUACCUGUCGACAGCACAAAUACUGUUUUUUCAGUCUCAUCUAUAUAAUCUAUAUCUCAUUUUCUAUCGCUGUAACGCUACCAAAGGAUUGAAGAGACAAGUGACAUACAGGAGCUGGAUUGUCUCUUAGGCCUAAGAGCAGACUGAACGAGUUAUGAAAAUAAUGCUUUUAGCACAACUUUAUUCUGUCUGGAGAGUGAACUGGUCUUUCUUGUCUUUCAGUAUGCAAAAUUAAAAUGCUCAAGCAUUGAA